CCGCCCUGCGCUCACUCCAGCGGCCACUUGGAGGGAUUUCCUUUGGGGUGGCCUCUGCAGCAACACACCCGGCUUCAUUCGCGGCGACUGUGAGCAUGGAUCUCCGAGGAAGAGCCCUCCUCAGCAGGGACGGACUUCGAGUUCUCCUGAUGCUGUUCCAUACAAUGUCUCAAAUUACGGCAGAACAAGAAGUGGAAAAUCUUUCAGGUCUCUCCACGAACCCUGAAAAAGACAUAUUUGUAGUGCGGGAAAAUGGGACAACGUGUCUCAUGGCAGAAUUUGCAGCUAAAUUUAUUGUACCAUACGAUGUGUGGGCCAGCAAUUACGUGGAUUUGAUCACAGAGCAGGCUGAGGUUGGCUUGACCCGGGGAGCUGAGGUGAUGGGCCGCUGUGGCCACAACGAGUCGGAGCUGCAGGUGUUCUGGGUGGAUCGCGCCUACACACUCAAAAUGCUCUUUGUCAAGGAAAGUCACAACACAUCCAAGGGACCAGAGGGGACUUGGAGAAUGAGCAAGGUGCAGUUUGUGUACGACUCCUCCGAAAAGACACACUUUAAAGAUGCAGUGAGUGCUGGAAAGCACACAGCCAACUCCCAUCACCUCUCCGCCUUGGUCACCCCAGCUGGGAAGUCCUAUGAGUGUCAGGCUCAGCAGACCAUUUCUCUGGCCUCCAGUGACCCUCAGAAGACUGUCACCAUGAUCCUGUCUGCUGUCCACAUCCAACCCUUCGACAUCGUCUCAGAUUUUGUCUUUAGUGAAGAGCAUAAGUGUCCUGUGGAUGAGCGAGAGCAGCUGGAAGAGACCUUGCCCUUGAUUCUGGGGCUCAUCUUGGGCAUUGUCAUUGUGAUAACUCUCGUGAUUUACCACCUCCACCAUAAAAUGACUGCCAAUCAACUGCAGAUCCCCAGGGACCGAUCCCAAUACAAGCACAUGGGCUAGGAUCCAUUAGGCAGGCAGAAACCAAGUCCUGCCCCAAAAUGGAUCAGGUAGAAUGACAAAGGCACUUUUCCACCUUGUAUACAGGAUAUACCAACAUAGCUACACUCCGGUAGGCCUGGGCAUCUGAGGCUUGCCUGGCCUGUGUCCAUGCUUAAAUCCAGGGAUGGGGGAAGAGCUUUGUAUUUGUGGCAUGAAGGACAGCUGUUUUCUCCAUGCUGGGUAUCAGGGGAGGGGACAGCCAGCCUUCAUGCUCAGGGUGGCUUUGACUCUCUAAGGAGAGGGUCUGGACCUGAUAUUUAAGAACUGGGAACACACUCCCCUUGGAGAAGGCUUCCUUAGGUCCAGAGGAAUGGGGGGGAUGCUUUGUACCCUUGGCCUCUGCUGGCUUUCCUACAGUUUUCAAUGCACACAGUACAACCUCAUGCUGCCUGCGGCAAGACCCCUGAAAGUGAUCCAUGCUUCUGGCUGGCGUUCUGCAUGUUUAGUGAUUGUCUUGGGAAUGUUUCACUGCUCCCUGCGCCCAGUGACUGCAGCACAAGAACCUGUUCAAUGUAACUAUGCACAGUUGUUUGGAAUUCAUAACAUGGCAGGUCCAAGUGAAGGGACCUGAAGAACUAAUCCAUGUGACUCUGUUAAAAAAAUGAAUUAAAACGCACUACUCUCUG